AAAAAAAAAAAAAAAAAAAAAAAGGCCAGGUAAACGAACUUAAAACAAAGCUUCACCCAUUGCCCUUUCUGCAGAAAAAUGUCAGGCUACCCUCACAAUACUUCCGGGUACGGCUACGGCGCUCCGCCUCCUGGAAGCCAAUCUUAUGGCUCCUCCCCAUACGGUGCGCCCCCACCACAGGGAUACGGCACACCCUACGGCGCGCCACCACCGCCACAGCCGCAAGGUCAGUCUCCCUACGCCCCCGUGGCCCAGCCUUACGGCGCCGCGCCAUCGGCCCAGCCUUACGGCGCCGCGCCAUCGGCCCCGCCUUACGACCACAAGCCCCCCAAGGAACAAUAUUCUUCCUCCGCCGGGGCCGCGUACCCCCCAUCGGGGCCUAACUACUCCAGCCCUUUCGCGUCGCUGGUGCCCUCGGCCUUUCCACCCGGCACCGAUCCGAACGUCGUUGCUUGCUUCCAGAUAGCGGACCAGGACGGCAGCGGGCUUAUUGACGACAAGGAGUUGCAGAAGGCGCUCUCUUCCUACAACCAGAGCUUCAGCUUGAGAACCGUCCAUCUUCUUAUGUACCUCUUCACCAAUUCCAACAACAGAAGAAUCGGACCUAAGGAAUUCACUGCAGUAUUCUACAGCCUCCAGAGUUGGAGAGACAUUUUUGAGAGAUUUGAUAGGGACAGGAGUGGCAAAAUUGACUUGUCCGAGUUACGAGAGGCACUUCUGAGUCUGGGAUUUGCUGUCUCGCCGGUGGUUUUGGAUCUGCUUGUUUCUAAGUUUGAUAAAACUGGAGGCAAAAGCAAGGCCAUUGAAUAUGAUAAUUUCAUCGAGUGCUGUCUUACAGUUAAGGGACUAACUGAGAAAUUCAAGGAGAAGGAUAAGGCAUACUCCGGUUCAGCAACUUUCACUUAUGAGACCUUCAUGAUGACUGUUCUCCCCUUCCUUAUCGCAUAGCCAGGUUGAUGAUGGUCUUUGGGUUGGUUUGAUGUGAUCUCGAUUGGUGUGUUUUAGCGCAAUAGAUAUUUGCUUUUAUUUUCUAGCUUUACUAAUAUCUCUAUGUGCUUCUGUUCGAUUGUAUGGGUCUUGCGUAGAGAGUGUUGUUUAUGGGUAAAUUUGCUGAUAGAAUUAUCAAUCCAUCUCUCUUUCUUGUGAGGAUAUAUUUGACGCUGAGCCAUGCUAUCAGUCUUUGGAUAAUGACAUUGUCUUGUCGAUUUGUAUUUCUU